AUGGAGACAGCCGAGGAGCUGCAGCAGCAGCAACAGCUGCUGCUGCAGCAGCAGCAACAAGUCUCACCUGCAGCAGCGGAGGCUUCUACGGUCUCCUCUCACGAAAACGGAGAUGCAGCAGCAGCAGCAGCAGAAGCAGCAGCAGCAGCAGCAACGGAGCCAUGUAUACGGCGAGAAGAAAUGAAGGCGGUGCCGCCGCCAACAGCAGAGCGGGAGCUGCCUAGCAGCAAGACAGCAGCAGCAGCAGCAGCAGCAGAUGCUGCAGCAGCAUUGCGUGGCUUCAGUGUGGAGGAAUUGAGGGACACCUACAGACGAAUGCAGCGUGCUGCUGCUGCGCUGCAGCAGGAGCUGCAGGAGCAGCAGCAGCUGCUGCUGCAGCACGGGAGGCGCCGGAGGGCUCUGGACGCGGAGCUCGCCGAUCUGAAGCUGAAGAGCAGCCGCCUCCCCUGCAGCAGCAGCAGCAGCAGCAGCAGCACAGCAGCAGCAGCAGCAGAAGAAGAAUCUGAUGAAGAAGAUGUUCCUAUCUUCCUGAGACAAGACCCUCUUGUCGCAGUCCCCUGCAUGAUAGGGGGCUUAGUUAGCCGCUGCAGCAAACCAGCGCAGCAGCUGGGGGCUUCACUCCUCAGCGGUGUGCAGCAGCUGCAGCAGCAGCUGCAGCAGGAACUGCAGCACUUGCAGCAGCAGCAGAAAAAAGCCGAGGCAGAAAGAAAAGCAGCACUUACGCAAAAAGCGCUUCAGAGACAACAAGAGAGAUUGGAGCAUAUGGAAAUAGAGAGACUCAAAAGGCAGCACCUGCAGCAGCAGCAGCAGCAGCAGCAGCAGCAGCAGCAACAGCAGCAGCAGCAGCAACUGCAGCAGCAGCAGCAGCAACAGCAGCAACAGCUGCUGCCACCCCAAUAUUAUAUGCAGCAGCAACGACGCGGACAACGGCUACAACACCCCCUACAGGAAAAGCAGCUGCUGCUGCUGCAACAACAGCAGCAGCAGCAGCGUCUGCUGCUGCAGCAACAGCAGCAAAACCGGAGGUUUGCUGCUGCUGAGAGGGGACUGAAGCAGCAGCUGCAGCAGCGAGACAAGAGUUCCUUCAUGGCUAGACUGCAGCGCCUCUUCAGCGACACCACGACUUCUCCGCCUGCUGCUGCUGCAGCUGCUGCUGCUGCUCCUCCAGCAGCAGCAGCCAGCAGCAAGGACCCUGUUUCUUUCGCCAAGCAGCAGCACCAGCAGCAGUACCAGCAGCAGCAGCAGCAGCAACAGCAGCAGCAGCAGCAGCAGCAGCAGGGAGCGCAUGCGCAGCCGUUUGCUGCGCAGAUGUUUCGUAUUUGCUCUGACAGCGAGACAACUCCUGAGGCUGGCAGCAACAGCUGCAGCAGAGACAGCAGCGGCAACUUCAGCAGCAGUUUGGUGAAGAGAGCAGCAGCAGAGACAGAGGAAGCCUUCUUCUGUGCAAUGCCCUGCGAGCGCUUGCUAGGGACUCGUAUCUUGUUUCCUGCUGCUGCUGCUGCUGCUGCUGCUGAUGGUGAUGCUAUUGAUAGUCCUUCUGCUGCAGUGUCUCCUUCUGCUGCAGCAGCUGCCUCUCCGUCUGUUGCUGCUUCUCCUCCUGCUGAAGCUGCUGUGUCUCUUGAUGCUGCUGCAGCUGGAGCUGAAGAAGCGCUUGGACUCGAAGGCAGCUGCGGGGAGUUUGCUGCUGCUGCUGCUGCUGCUGCUGCUGCUGCUACUGAUGCUGCUGCUGCUGGCUGCAGCGAAGAUUGUGUAAUUGUCUCCGCAAUAAUUGAAGUGGGGCCCCUCAGCAGCAAUUUGCUGCUGCGGGCGACGCAGCGGUGCAGCGAUGCUGCUGCUGCCUGGGUGGACAGCAACUGGGAGGCGCUGCAGCAGCACUACAGCAGCAGCAGCAGCAGCAGCAGCAGCAGUGCAGCACAGGAUCUUGAUAAGAAAGCAAUAACCCGUGCAUUGGAGGCCUUCCUCGUUCAAGUUGAGGAGACAGCAGAAAAACUACCCGUCAGAGUGCACAAGCAAUUCUCUCACAUACUGCAGCAGCAGCAGCAGCAGCAGCAGCUGCAGCAGGAGCAGGUAUUGAGUAACGGCAGCAACACUGCGCUCAGCAAAUGA